ACACGAUCCCAUACUCGAAUUGCCACCCCGAUCAGAGUGAGUUGCUAUGUGGAUUCAAGCAGGGCAUGAAACGGAAACCACUGCGGAUUUAAGAAACCGAGGAGGGCCUGGCUGGCCUGCACUGCAGCAGUACACUACACUGCUCUCAAAUCUGCUCCCUUACUAUUUCAGUUUUCACUUGCUCGGUUGAUCGCUCUCGGUGUGCUUCGAUGGAGAGCUUGAGGGUUCGUUUGGAUUUCGAGCCCCGGAACGUUAUGAACAAAUCACAGUUGAAGGAGGGACUCAGGCGAAGUUGGCUUCUCCUCAAACCGGAAAUGAAGACCAUCUCCGACCUCGCCGCCUAUCUCCUCCGUGCAUUCGACCUCCACGACUCUUGCCCAAGUGGCCUCAUCCUCUCCAUGGAUGGCUUUGUAUUACCGUCUUUUGAGUCAACAUGCAUUUUGAAGGAUAGAGAUAUCGUCUGUGUGAAAAGGAAGGGGGAUACAGUGGUGAAUACCAUCCAGGCAGGUGAAGGGUUUGACUCUCUUGAGGUAGAAGAAAAUGUGGAGAAGCAACCUGUGCUUAAAGGUGUGAAACUUUUGUCAAAUGAGGAAUUUAAAAAGGAACAUGAUGAAAAUGAUGCGAGUGUACGCGAAUACAUGGUUUCCAGGAAAAGAAAGGCAUCGAAGAAACUUCAGAGCUCAAAGAGGAAGAAAAAUAAGGUUGCUACUACUGUAAAAUGUCCAGUUCUUGCUGAAGUUGAUCAGAAAGAUGUCCAUGCAGAGGAGAAUCAAAGCCUUCAUCAUCGUGUAGUCCUCCCAAAAAAGAGUCUCAAACAGAAUAAGUUAUCGAAAUUACCUGGUGAGCAGGAUAAAUUGAGUGCCCUCGAAAGUGAUGAUAGAAGUAAUGACACUACCAAAUCUGCACCUAGUGCAAAGAGAUUUUGCCAGCUUCAAGAAAACGGCGGAAGAAUUGUAGACGUAUCCUGUAAGCCCGGUGAAUCCAAAAAGUUCCCUAGUAGAAGUGCUCGGCGUAAAAAGGCAAAAAGGCUGUGGUUGAGGGAACAAGUCAAUAUUGAGAAGAAAAAGCUACUUCAUCAGGGGCAAAUGCUCACAAAGGACGAUGAGCAAUCACCUAUCAAGGAUAAUCAGAAAGUCUUUGAAGAACAUCAAGAACAGGAUGAGAAUGGUGAUGAAGAGGAUGAGGUUGUCCCAGUUGUAAUUAGACCAGGACACAUUCGAUUUGUGCGUCUUGGCAAAGUGGAUGCAGAUCAGGCUGUCAAGAAAAAUGAAAGUCCAAUGGAGAGCUUGCGGUGGAAUGGAAUAACUAGCAAAAAGAAGGGUAAAAAAUGGGGUACCAAGAAAGUUGCUUCUUGCAAAAGGAAUGAUCGUGCGUGUUUAAAUCAAAAGAUUUCUGAAAUGCAAGCUGCUGGAGAAGCAACAACUGUAAACAAUCCUGUGGAUUUGGAUAAGCUUAAGCCUUAUACUAGCUCGCCUAAGGAAGGUGAUGUAGUUGCAUAUCGUUUGAUUGAGUUAUCAUCGUCAUGGACCCCUGAGGUUUCUUCCUUGCGAGUAGGAAAAAUAUCACGCUAUAUCCCUGAAUCCAAUAGGAUUAUGCUGGUAACAGUUCCAGAAUAUCCAAUUGAUUUCGAGAAGAUAACAGAUACAUCCCUUUAUGGGGAAAAUGGGUCUUUAAAGGUAAGUUAUUCAAUGCUUAUUGAUGUCCGCAUUGUGAAGCAUGGCAACUUGGGUACAACAAAAACAGUCACUGGAAAUGGAGAAAUAGAUGCAUGGGAUGAAAUCAGUCAGGCUUUAAAUGCAAAGAAGGCUCAGCUCUCUCAGGAGGGUGGUUGGAGCAAGGAAGAGACUUCGGGCAAAAUGGACAAUGAGAAAUGCUGCUGGCAUUAGGACACACAUCUGCUGUUCCUGUCAAUGAGAUUCAGCAAUUUUGGUAGAAAGUAA